AAUUACUAACAUCAUUGUAGCAGUGUAUUAUCUUGUUAUUGAUAUACUCCAGCAUGAGCAAGUUACCGUGCAUCUUUCGUUAAAUCAUUGACGGCAUUAUUGGUUGAUCCGGCUACAUAUCAAAGGUCGCAAUGAGUGAUACUGUAGAUGUUGUGGACUUAGUGUCUAAAUUAUUAGAUUCAGGAAAGUACAAAGAAGUUCUCAGUGUUCAUAAUGAAGAAAAAUAUGCGAGCAGUUUCAAGGACAAUUGUUGGGACAUGAUCUCGGUAGCUGUCGGCAAGAUACAGGAUGAGACCAUAGUUAUCAAGCCCUCACUUUACAGCACUUGUGAAGAACUGCUGGCUAUUAUUGUCCAGAAAGCAACGCCAGAAGAAGCACUCCUGGAGUUUAUAGAACAAGUGGAAGUGGCUAAGAAUGAUGCUCAGUUUGGAAUAGUGCUUACACCACUGCAACAGCUUCUGAAGAAACUGUCAGCUAAAAGAGGAAGAUCUCUGGAGUGGAGCUUAAAUUCCAUAAGUACCUAUAUUGAAAAUAUUCCCACACCUGAAUGUCAGCUGGAGGGCAAGGCACGCUUGCUGGCCGAGUGUGACCCUAACAUCAGGAGGAUCAUUCGAGUUUACUCUUUGAUACCUCCAUUUUAUCAACCCUUUAUUGAGGAAUUAAAAGCACCUGAAUCUAAUGUUAAAACCAAACAGAUAAUAGCUGCAUUUUUAAUUAGCCUCCUUGGCAAACCUUUGAUCUAUCUGGAUUUGGACAUUGAAAACAAUGAACAAAGUGAAGCUAGACUAUGCUGCACUACGAUUGUGAAAGAUAUCUGUACAUUAGAGAAAAAUAUACUGAAGUUUCUUGAAUAUGUUGAAAUUUGUAACAAAACCAAUUCCAAGUCGAAAUCAUCUGAAAGUGAUGUAGAAAAACCACCUUAUGAUCAUAAAGAGAAACUGAAUAUGCUUACACUUUCAGGCUUAUACUAUGUUGUCCUAUCUUUACAAUUUGAUUUGCCCGACAAUGCUAUACCACAAGUUUAUGCUACAGAAUACAUUGUGCAUACUGGAAUGCUAUGUGUAAUUUAUUUACUGAAUUGCCCAGAAUAUGGCCCACAAUCCAAAGGAUUGUCCUUAUGUGAGGCUCUAGUGAAGAGAUUAUCAACGAAUGCUUCUCAUACUUUAUUAUCAGCUGCAGUUCACUUCAAUCUAUGUAAGGCAUUGAUAAAUGUAGCUAUAUUUGCAUCAUAUGACAGUCUUAGAAAAACUGCAGUGAAUACCAUCCGUAAGCACGUUAACUGCUUUGAAUAUGGCGGAAGAUGCAUGUUGAUCAAAUACAUAAUUUCAAGUUCUAAUCAUUCAGGAAUGAUCGGAUAUGCCAUAACCCUUCUUAAGAAUGCUAUAGAUGAUGCAUUAAAGGAUACUGAAUUGCCAGCAUGUUUCACUUACCCCCAAAUGAUGGAUUUGAUAAAAAAGGUGUGUCAUAUGCCCCAUGGAGCACAAUCAGAUCUGAUGGAACUAAGUGAUCAAAUAAUAUCAGUAUUAAACUUCCUAAGGUACUUAGUUUUAAGAGACAAAGCAAAUGUUACUGGAAUCAAAGAGUGUUACUCAUACAUAGAGUCGGACUAUCUAAGUACUUUGAGGAAUGCAUUAAAUUUAUCAAAAGCACACUAUGAAGUUAAACUGAAGGAUGUGAAAGAGGGUACAGAUCUUGUAGAAACCAAAAUUUCUAUCAAUGUGGGAGGAAAUCCAUUGGAUAGCAUACCUGAUGAACAAAAAAUUGAAAUUAUUAAUUCUGCCCUGAAUUGUUUCCAUUUAAUGGAUGGUCUUGUGGCACGUUUAUCUGAGUGUAUCACUGUCAAUAUAUAAAUACAUUGCUUUGUAAGAGUAUUUUUGAAAUAAAUAAGUACUAUAUUUGAAUGUU